AUGCCGGACCAGAUCUCCGUGUCGGAAUUCGUGGCCGAGACCCAUGAGGACUACAAGGCGCCCACGGCCUCGAGCUUCACCACGCGCACGGCGCAGUGCCGGAACACCGUGGCGGCCAUCGAGGAGGCUUUGGACGUGGACCGGAUGGUUCUUUACAAGAUGAAGAAAUCCGUGAAAGCAAUAAAUAUCUCCGGGCUGGCUCACGUGGAGAACGAGGAGCAGUACACGCAGGCGCUGGAGAAGUUUGGCGGCAACUGCGUGUGCAGGGACGACCCGGACCUGGGGAGUGCGUUCCUCAAGUUCUCCGUGUUUACCAAGGAGCUGACGGCACUUUUUAAAAACCUGAUUCAGAAUAUGAACAACAUCAUCUCCUUCCCUCUGGACAGCUUGCUGAAGGGAGACUUGAAAGGCGUGAAAGGGGAUCUGAAAAAGCCUUUUGAUAAAGCUUGGAAGGACUAUGAGACCAAAAUAACCAAAAUCGAGAAGGAGAAGAAGGAGCACGCCAAGCUGCACGGCAUGAUCCGCACCGAGAUCAGCGGGGCCGAGAUCGCCGAGGAGAUGGAGAAGGAGCGGCGCUUCUUCCAGCUGCAGAUGUGCGAGUAUCUGCUGAAGGUCAAUGAAAUAAAGAUAAAGAAGGGAGUGGAUUUACUUCAGAACCUGAUCAAAUAUUUCCACGCCCAAUGCAAUUUUUUCCAGGAUGGACUGAAAGCAGUUGAAAGCCUCAAACCUUCCAUUGAGACACUUUCAACAGACCUUCACACAAUCAAACAGGCCCAGGAUGAAGAAAGAAGGCAGCUGAUACAGCUUCGAGAUAUUUUGAAGUCAGCGUUGCAGGUUGAACAGAAAGAGGACUCCCAGCUCCGCCAGAGCACCACCUACAGCCUGCACCAGCCCCAGGGGAACAAGGAGCACGGGGCCGAGCGCAGCGGCAGCCUCUACAAGAAGAGCGAUGGGAUCCGGAAGGUGUGGCAGAAAAGGAAGUGUUCCGUUAAAAAUGGCUUUCUGACCAUAUCGCAUGGAACCGCUAAUCGGCCUCCUGCAAAGCUAAACCUGCUAACAUGCCAAGUGAAGACCAGCCCCGAGGAGAAAAAGUGUUUCGACCUUAUUUCACAUGACCGGACCUACCACUUCCAGGCGGAGGACGAGCAGGAGUGUCAGAUAUGGGUGUCCGUGUUGCAAAACAGCAAAGAAGAAGCUCUGAACAACGCGUUUAAGGGAGACGACAAUACCGGAGAAAACAACAUAGUGCAGGAACUGACGAAGGAGAUCAUCUCCGAAGUCCAGAGGAUGACGGGCAAUGACGUGUGCUGUGACUGCGGGGCGCCAGAUCCCACGUGGCUGUCCACCAACCUGGGCAUUCUGACCUGCAUCGAGUGUUCUGGAAUCCACCGGGAGCUGGGGGUUCAUUACUCCAGGAUGCAGUCCCUCACGUUAGACGUCCUAGGAACGUCUGAGCUGCUGCUUGCCAAGAAUAUUGGGAACGCAGGUUUUAAUGAGAUCAUGGAGUGCUGUCUCCCCGCCGAGGAUUCGGUCAAACCCAGCCCCGGCAGCGACAUGAAUGCCAGGAAGGACUACAUCACCGCCAAGUACAUCGAGCGGAAAUACGCGAGGAAGAGACACGCGGACAGUGCGGCCAAGCUCCACAGCCUGUGCGAGGCCGUCAAAACCAGGGAUAUUUUUGGGUUACUCCAAGCGUACGCAGAUGGCGUGGAUCUUACGGAAAAAAUCCCACUGGCCAAUGGACAUGAGCCGGACGAAACCGCCCUGCACCUCGCCGUCAGGUCUGUGGACCGGACUUCUCUGCACGUGGUCGACUUCUUGGUUCAGAACAGUGGGAACCUGGACAAACAGACCGGGAAGGGCAGCACGGCCCUGCAUUACUGCUGCCUGACCGACAACGCUGAGUGCCUCAAGCUCCUUCUGCGGGGCAAGGCCUCCAUCGAGAUCGCCAACGAGUCGGGGGAGACGCCGCUGGACAUUGCCAAGCGCCUCAGGCACGAGCACUGUGAGGAGCUGCUGACCCAAGCCUUAACCGGAAGGUUCAACUCCCACGUUCACGUCGAGUACGAAUGGCGGUUGCUCCAUGAAGACCUGGAUGAGAGCGAUGACGACAUGGAUGAGAAAUUGCAGCCCAGUCCCAGUCGGCGAGAAGACCGGCCGGUCAGCUUCUACCAGCUGGGGUCCAACGCCGCCUCUUUGGCCAGAGACACCGCCGGCCUGGCCAAGGACAAGCAGAGGAGCUUUGCGCCCAGCAUCUUGCAGAAUGAGACGUACGGAGCUAUCCUGAGUGGCAGCCCGACUCCCCCCCAGCCUGCAGCCCCCGGCACCUCCAACGCCCCCCCACUGCCCCCUCGGAACCUGGCCAAAGCUCAGACAGCCUCCUCUGCUAACGCCCUGUGGAAGACAAACUCUGUCGGCGUGGACGGGGUAAGCAGGCAGCGAUCUUCGUCAGAUCCGCCAGCUGUCCACCCGCCGCUGCCCCCUCUCCGCGUGACAUCUACCAACCCCCUGGCUCCCACGCCGCCUGCUCCGGCCGCCAAAGCGCCCAUUGCGAUGGAGAGCCUGAGCAAGCUGACCCCGCCCGGGGGCCCGCUGGGCAAAGCCACACCGCCGCCCCUGCCGCCCCAGCCGCCCAGCCGCCUCCCCCAGAAGAGGCCUGCUCCCGGGACUGACAAGUCGACCCCACUGGUCAACAAAGGCCAGCCGAGAGGACCUGCGGUGGAUCUCUCCGGAACAGAAGCUCCGAGCCCUCUGUCCAACGCCGCGGCCACGCAGCCCCCCGCGCCCAUGCCCAGGAAGUCACAGACGACCAAGCUGAAGCCCAAGCGGGUCAAAGCCCUCUACAACUGCGUGGCCGACAACCCGGAUGAGCUGACCUUCUCUGAGGGGGACGUGAUCAUCGUGGAUGGGGAAGAGGACCAAGAGUGGUGGAUUGGCCACCUCGAUGGAGAUCCCAGCCGCAAAGGAGCAUUUCCCGUGUCUUUUGUGCACUUUAUUGCAGACUGAAUUGCUACUGAACAAAAACACUUACGUUCGUGUUUCGUUCUUGGUACCCAAACUCUUGCCAGAUAACCGGUUUCAUGAACUGUACGGUAGGCCCACUUACUCUGACGCCGCUGUUCUGUUCCAUAUAUACAAAUGAAUCGUUUUUAUAAUUUGUGAUUUUCAUGAAACAUUGCUGUACUUUUAUGAGGAACAACUGAAUUGCCUGAAAGGUGAACUGAACAGUUAUUUUAACUAUAUACUCAAGACCCCGAAUCUAUAGAAUUAGCUGGACCUUAAAAACAUUUGGGUAUCGGAAAGAAAUUCUUCCUGCUUUCCUUGGCCCAUUUCCGGCAUCCAUGACCUGAAGCGUAAUUGUUUAAGAAGCCAGUAAACGGUGCUGUCAGUUCACCUUCAUAGACUUUUUUUAAAAAUACCUUUUCAAGAGUUCCUUUGAAAGCCACCCAAUGUUCACUUAAAGCAACUUGGAAAGUUAUAUAUUAGCACUGUACUUUCCAAACCUAAUGUGUGAGGUUGCAACUGUCACUGUGUUCUGCAUGUAUGUGUAGCCUGUUGUGAAUGAUCCUGCUUAACAAAACUACCGGUAGUUUAUCAUGGCGUACGGUAACAGUUCCUCCCGCUCCACGCUCUGCAAGAUUGCCUUUCCUCGGUGGUUAGAAACUGAGGAUGCUGAUUGCCAAGGAGUGCUUUUAACGCUUACAUGCUUUAGGUGUUUCGGAAAUUGCCUCUGCGCUUUCUUCAUCACAGAUAGCACCAGGGUGCAGACCCCGCUGCACCACCGACUUGCUGCUCCCUGCGGAGUGCAUCGCUGCUUCCCUUCCUAGCUCAUGAGAAUGUCGACUCAGUUCAGUGUCUUGUAUUUAUAUACUACACCCACAGGAAUGGUAGUUACACUGUCUUGAAAUUUAAUCAGUCCCUUUGUUUGUAAUCAAGAGCGUAAUCAGAAAUCUGUCGGUCCCAGGGAAUGAAACAUUCCUGAACAUCCCAGUUUUACUAUGGACGUCAUCGUAUCCUUCCUCAGCUUAAGCUACUGGGGCUGGGGCUUAGGUUGUAUGUGAGAAAAUCAACGUUCAUUAGCUUGAUGAACUUACCCGUCAUACCUCUACUUAGUCAUUCUGAGCAUGGUAGGAGGAACAUUGGGGAUGUGGGCAUUCUGAGGAUGAGCAGGCAUGUGAUGCCCACUGGGAUGUUUACGGAAAGCGAAGGAAUAAACUGAAGUGGAGGCUUGGAAAGCAAGGCGACAGUGCCUGGCUGUAUGCGUCAUGAUGGUGCAUUUGAAUGAAGCAGCCCGUCUUUGUCAUGCGAGACUCUUUAAGUGUAGUUUUUGUCUUUUGUUUUGUUUUUUUGCUUUAUUGAUUUGAGAGAGAGAAGAAGGGAGAGGGA